AUGCACCUCUCGUCGGCCCUCGUGGCCGCCUUGCUGGUCGCUUUCCUGGUUACUUCUACCGUCCGUUACAUUUACACCCGCUACUUCUCGCGGCACGCACUCCCCUCGAGCCUGCCAUGGAUCGGGGUCGAAGGUGGCAGUUGCUUCUCGCGUGCUCGUGCAACUCUCCGGAGCUUCUGGCACACACGGGAGCUUGUGUUCGAAGGUUAUGAGAAGUACUCAAAGAAAGGCCUCCCGUUUGUUCUCCCCAACAUCACUACCGGCCCUGAAGUCAUACUUCCAAUGUCCCAAAUGGAAUGGCUGCUAAAACAAAAAGAGACUGUCCUCGAUCAAAACGAAGUCAACCGGAGCUUUUUACAGGCUGACUACACCAUGCUCCAUCCAAAGGUCGUCACUGAUACCGUACACGAGGAUGUCAUCCGAAAGGAGUUGACUAAGAUGCUUGGUGACUACACUGCCGACGUCAUUGACGAGAUUGACUAUGCCUUCAGGAAGAAUUGGGGUGUUGAUACCAAAGAGUGGACUGAGAUCACCUCGUACUACUCCAUGCUGGAUAUCAUCGCUCGGAUUUCGAACCGUGUCAUCGUUGGCUUUCCACUCUGCCGUGAUGAAGGAUACCUCAGCCAUGCAAAGCAGUUUGCUCGUUGGGUUGUCGUCGAAGCUGCUUUCAUUGCCAUGGUUCCCAAGACUCUCAAAGGCAUCCUUGCACCACUCAUCCGAAUCCUCGACGUCAACUACUUCCGUCAAAACUCUAAGGUCGUCGUUCCUCUGAUCAAGAAACGCCUCUCGUCUCCCUCGAUCGAAGAGAAGAAGAAGCUGACAAAUCCACAGGACGAUUACAUUCAAUGGUCAAUUGAUCACUCCUACGACCGCAAGGAUCCCUCUCUCCGCACCGUCGAUAUAAUCAACAAACGCCUCUCUGUCAUCCAAUUCGCCGUCAUCCAAUCGUCAACCAUAACUCUCGCGAACUUGGCUUUGGACCUCGCUUCCUACCCCGAGCUGUCCUCUAUGUUCGCCCAUAUCCGCUUCGAAGUCCUCAACGAACUCCAAGCCACUGGUGGAGAAUGGACCAAGGACGCUCUUGCCCGCAUGGUCUCUCUCGACAGCGUCCUGCGCGAAAGCAUGAGGAUGUGGGGCUUCGUCAGUCGCGGCGUCAUGAAAGAGGUCGUCGCCAAAAAAGGAGUCACCCUUCCAUCUGGCCAUCACCUUCCUCACGGUACGAAAGUCGGGGUUCAUGCUUCUCCGGUACAUAGGGAUGAUGACAUCUACCCCGAUGCCUUGGAGUUCAAGCCCUUCCGGUUCUGUUCAAAUGGUGGCUUGAGAAUGGUCGAUGAUUAUUCGGAGAAGGUUGUUGGAAACGGCAUCCCGCUCGUCACCACCAGCUCAAACUUCAUGGCUUUCUCUCAUGGUCGUCAUGCAUGCCCAGGUCGUUUCUUCGCCUCCCAACAGCUGAAACUGGUCCUCGCAUACAUCGCCCUCAACUACGACAUCAAGCCAAUCCCCUUCCGCCCGACCAAUCUCUGGUUCGUCAACACACAAGGUCCACCUCUCGACUCCAAGAUCUCCGUUCGCCGUCGCGAGGGCACGGUCUGA